GGAGACUAUUACAGUCGAUACGCUUAAAGGAAAAUGAUAAAGUUCUUAGAAAGAUUUUUACGAGAUUGGAAUAGAAUUCUCAGUCCAAAGAUGAGGUCAGGGUUGAUUAUUAAAUGGCUGAUCGCGUGAAAAUCAAGUAGCUGUUGUCAGUUCCGUCAAAUCGACGUUACAAGAGCUCUUAUACGGGCUACAAGGUAUGGGCCCUUGGACCUUAACGAUUCUGCUCAGCUUCGUUUCUGCUCUGGGACUCCUGCUCAAUGCGUAUGUGCUACUAGUCGUUCUUGGACUCGGUAAACAGACACAGCAACAACAAACAGCGAAUACAUUAUUGCUUAUACAUUUGGGAGCGGUCGAAGCAGCGGUCUGCCUUGUCCUAUUGGUAUUUGUAACAGGCUCGUGGCCGAUAGCUGGCACCUGGUGCGUACUUCACGGUUUCCUCUUGGCACUCUUACAUCCAAUAGCGCUGUGGACUGUCACUGGCUUAAAUUGUGACAGGUAUUACGCGAUAGCAGCGCCUUUGCACUAUUCAGCCCUGGUCUCACCACGACGCGUGGCCCUGGGACUGGGCCUUUCCUGGACGGGGGCUCUUUUACUCUGUCUGACGCCAUUUUCAGGCUUGGUGCCGCCCUAUCGUUAUAUUCCCGGUUUCGGCUGCUGCGCUCCCGAUUUUGGCAAUACGAGUUGGGGUACAGCCGGUUCUCUCUACGGAGCAGCUUAUGCUCUUCUGGGCCUUGCGCUGCCCGCCCUUUUAGUAACAAUUUGCAAUUUACGAGUACUGGGUAUUGCUCGCUAUCAUAGACAUCGUAUUGCCAGUGCGAUAUACGAGGUGACGCUCAGUGCUCAGGUCACUAUCACCCACCAAAGAAAUCCGUUCUUCGUUUCUACAGCAACAGCACCAACUGCCGGUGGCCCUCCCAAGUUCAAUAAUGCUGCCAAUACAGUCAUGCAACUGAUUGGUUCCCUGUAUCUACUUUAUUUUCCUUAUUGUGGCUUUAUCCUGUGGGAGGCAUAUAGUGGUAGCGAGAGUGGCGAAGGCGCGGGAACUGUAAGCUCGAUUUACCAGUACUCGCGCUUACACGCGCAACCACGUUUUGUAUCCUUAGCCUCUUUGUUGCUCGCCUGCUCGCCACCCAUUAAUGGUAUUCUCUAUGGCCUAAAAUCACGAACUCUACGAAGAUCCGUGGAGAACUACAGACGCAAAAAAGCCACUAAAUCCGAGUUGCAGCAGGAAAUUCAGGCUCGAACACCAAGCACUGCAGGCUCGAGACGACCAUCCGGAAGCGGGCCUGCCUCGUUUUUUGCAUUUCCACCUCUUCAACGACGACUCAGCGACGCUUUAAUUGCUUUAGGUAAUUGUCGGACGGGUGGUAGCUUUGGCAGCAUCAAUAUUGCUGGAGUUUUCGAUCGCACGCGGCUGCAACCCGCAGCUUCUUGUAAUACCUUACGAGUGCCAAGCACCGAACUGAGUGAAUGAAAAUGGACGAUUAGUAAGAUCGAGCACCAGUUCUGUCAGCCUUAUAACAGCCCAUUAUCGUAACGACUUCAG